UCGAGCCAAAAAAUGUACUGCCACAACAGCUGAACUCGGAUGCUCGGUGUCCCAUGUCCCUCCACCGCCAAGUCUGAUGUGGCACUAGCAGUUUCGUGGUCGGGGCCGAGGAUGUCACUGCUGCUGGUGUUGCUGAUGGCGCUGAGCGCGUCGGCUUGUUUCGUCAACGAUUGUCCCAAUGGAGGCAAGCGGGCUGCUGGGCCAGUCAAAUGGUGGCCAGGGAAAACCAAUCCUUCUAAUGUACAGCGAAAACGAAAUUCUCAUCAAAUAUUCAAGAGUGACUGCAUCCCGUCCGCGUCUCUGGAUGGCAUCAUCACCGCCGUAUGUGACGCUCUCCUACGCGCAGCCGAAGUACAUAAACGCUUGAAGAACAAGACGACAGUUGAACUGAAAAUAAACAUAACGGCUUUGAUGGAGACCAAACUGACGAAACCUUGGAGCAGCAAAAAGAUCACAUAUCUAAGCAAGUUUUUUGUAAUACAAUUCAAAAAUGGCAUCGCAGUGCCUUUGGAUAAUCGUAUAUUGCAGAUCCUGACAAAUAAAGAACCUUCUCCGUUUAAUAAGCCCAUAGUGGGUUGUUGUCUAUGCAACAUUGACAUGAAACAGCGCUUCAAAGAGCUCAUGGAAAGUAAAAUUGAGACAUCAGGAAGAAAAAUUUGAAAGCCACUCGCAACAUAAUAAACUAAUCAAAGAUUAACUGAAAUUAAAUGAGAUUAGAAAGAAGUCCAUCUUUGGACAACAAAAAACGUGAGUUCUAACAGAGAUUUAUAGUUAAAACUGUGACUGCUAAUGCUGUGGCAAAUUCGAUAAAAAUUCCUCUCCUAAAUGCAUUGCGAAUAUGUGGCACAGAGCCUUUUCCGUAUAUUUACAGAGUUUUGCAGUUCUUGCAGUUUUUACAGUGAGAAACUUGAGAAUAAUUGAAUAUUGACCUCAUGCGACCUCUUGUUGGCUAUUAACUUUCAAAUAUGGCAAUUAUAAAUCAUGACUACA